AUGGGUAUCACCUAUACUGCACCUGCAUGCGGCAAUGCCACCAUGGAAGUAGAUGAAUUUGGAAGGGGGAGGGCUGGAGACAAGGAUAAAACUGUCACUCAGAAGGCAGUUGGCAAGAAUUCAGGGACUGGGGGUGUCGUUGACAGACUGAAUGCUGGUGCCUUCCAUGACAAAACUAUAGCAUAUCAUCAGUACUUGAUAUCACGUUGUGGUAGGCCUUUCUUUUUUUACAUGCCUGUGGAUCACGUGUGGCUAAUGCUCAAUCGUCUAGAUAGUGAUGUUAACUCUGGUUAUCAUGAUAUCAAUGAGGACAAUGAUUCUGGUGAAGAUGGCGAUGGACAUGACUUGCCCACUCACUCAACUGGUCAUGAUAAACAUGCCGAAGCUAUGCCUCCCAUUUCUGCUUUUGAGAAGGUAGAAUGGUGGCGCAUUGGUCUAGCGAUGCUGUCCAUGAACUGA